AUGCAGCUGGGGAGUUCGGCGGCGACGGUCGAAGUCGUGGAAGGCUACGAGCCACCCGGUGCCAUUAGCUUCAAGCAGCUCGCAAUGCAACUCCUUACAGAUAAAGAGGAGAGAGAGCUGCAGAUCUGCAGUGGCCCAAUGCGGCCCAUCCCCUGGACAAGGACAUGGAAGAUGGAGGCUCUAGUGCUCAACCGACAAUGCCUCCUGGACAUCCGCAGUGCAAAUGCCUCCAAGUACGUCAUUUCGUUGGAGAAUAAGUCAUGGAUUGAAGCCGAGAGGGCCUGUGCUGAUGAGGGUCUGCAGCUGGCCACCCCUCGCACCAAAGAAGACAUCAAGGCGCUCAACGCCGCCAUGAAACUACGUGGGGCGGAGAAGGUCCAGAUCGGCCUCCGCCGUGACGUGCAGUAUGGCGAGGGCUACUGGACGGAUGCCAAAGCAUUCUAUUGGGUGGAUGGCGAAAAGCUUGAUAGCGACUGGCCCGGCUGGGGCGGUUACGGCUUUACUGCCGACUCCCUGGAGGCGCAUUCGGGGCCCACAUUGACAUGA